GGUGCCGAGAGAUACGACGACUCUUCCCGACUGAUACAACCAUGUUAUGUUUGUAGGGAUAGGGGGAAACACGCGACAGGGAUAAACGUGAAAUUACGCACAAGUAAUUAAAACAGGAGAUUCUUCUUCGCCCGAAUUCCAUUAAAUGCUAUAGCGGUCAUAUAAAGCACACUCUGCUUUACCCCGCUGCUGGAAACCAAAAGCUGUACAUGGCGGUGGAGAAAAUCUGGUUCUUCUGUCUACUUUCUCUGGGUUACUGUGGAUUAUCCUCGCAAGAGAAGCCCGUGUCAGUGGAACUGAGCUGUGGUGCUGGUCCGGUCCAUGUGGUUCUGGAGCCUGGGAACCCACUGCUGCUGGACUGCCACCUGGGGGCCAGUGAGCCCCCACUCAACGUGACCUGGCUGCAGGAUGGAUUGGUCUUCUCUGAGAGCCAGACCAUCCGGCCUCUGCCCAAUGGCUCACUGCUCAUACUGCCCUCCUCCGUGGAUAGUCAGGCUUCAGCAGGUGUGGAGGGCGGGUACAGCUGCCUAAGUACCAGCUCAACAGGAGCCCUGACCAGCCGCGCUAUCACCUUGCAUCUCGCCAGCUUGUCCCGUUUUCUGCAGGAUCCUGAACCUCAGGUGGUGUCUGUAGGAGGCACUGCACGGUUUGAGUGCUAUGCUGAUGGCAUGCCCACCCCAAGCAUCACCUGGGAGAAGAACCAGACACCUCUACCUGCACCAGCUGAAGAGCCAUCUAGGUACAUAUCUCUCCCAAACGGGGUGCUGCAGAUUUUAGGGGUCACAAAGGAAGAUGAAGGCUCAUAUCGUUGUGUGGCCUUCAACUCUGCCCGAAAGCGCUUCAGCCAAGAUGCAUCUCUCACAGUCAGCCCAGGUUUGUCUCAGGAGAGUAACGUGGUGAUUGUUGCUCCACCGCGGAACUCUACAGUGGUCUUGGGUCGCCCGGCUGUGUUGGAGUGCAUGGCUCAGGGUGAGCCGAAACCCUUUGUUUCCUGGAGCAGGCAGGAUGGGAAGCCUAUAGCUACAGAUGUGGUUGUCCUGGCAACCAACCUAGUGAUUCCCGACACCCGCAGUCACCAUGCUGGAGUGUACGUGUGUCGUGCCAACAAACCCAAGACCAGAGAUUUCGUCUCGGCUCCUGCUGAGCUUCGAGUACUAGCUCCACCAGUUAUCCUCCAGCCCCCAGAGGCGGUAUCACUGUCCCGGGGUAAUACAGCUCGGUUUGUGUGUAAUAGUUCUGGUGACCCUCCCCCUGCACUCCGCUGGUUGAAGAAUGGAGAACCGGUCCAGUCUAAUGCCCGGGUUAAGACUCAGAACCCUGGAGUUCUGCUCAUCAACCAGCUGCGUCUGGAUGAUGCUGGCUACUACCAGUGCAUUGCUGCCAAUAGCCUGGGCACCGCCUGUGCCACUGCCAAACUCUCAGUGAUUGUGAGGGAGGGGUUGCCCAGCCCUCCCCGGCAUGUGUCUGCCACACCCCAUUCUAGCACUUCUGCACUGCUCACCUGGGACCCACCGGAACACAACAGUGACCAGAUCAUUGGCUUCUCAGUCCACUACCAACGCACAGCGGGCUCAGACAACAUGGAGUAUCAAUUUGCAGUGAAUAACAACACUACAGAGCUGCAUGUAAAGGAGCUGCUCCCUCACACAGCCUACACCUUCUAUGUAGUGGCCUACUCGCCCAUGGGGGCCAGCCGCCCAUCACAGCCCAUUACCGUGGAGAUGCUGGAGGAUGUGCCUAGUGCUUCUCCACAGCUGUCCCUGCUGAGCACAUCUCCCACUGACAUCAGAGUGAUGUGGUUGCCCCUCUCGUCCCAGCUCAGUCGCGGAGCCAUCACACGCUACCGCAUAGACUACAGAGCACUGGAGCAGGCAGAUUACAUAUACUCUGUGGAAGUGGAUGGGAAUGAGACUCAAGUGACUCUAAGAGAUCUGAAACCAAAUCAAACAUACCAGCUCCGGAUAGCGGCAGGAACACGCGCUGGGUUCAGUCAGCAUUCUGAGUGGGCCUCGCACCACACACCAAACCUUACUCAGGUGCUCUUUGCACCAACUGAGCUCAAAGUGAGAGCCAAAAUGCAUUCCCUCCAUGUCACGUGGCAGCCACCACCCAAUCACACUCAAAUCACUGGCUACAAGCUGUCCUGGUGGGAGGUGGAUGGAGAGGAGCUGCCCAAUGAGGGGAACCCUGUAAUCAGUGAAAGGAGCCAGGGAGGUCAACAAAUCAAACUGCGGAAGAGAGUUAAACACCAUGAGGUCACAAACCUUGCUCCUGAUCGGCUGUAUGAGGUGAAGGUUUGGGCGUUUAAUAAACAGACUGAAGGUUAUCCUGCCAUCUGGAAGGGCAAAACAGAGAAACUCACAGAUCGAGUGCGGACUCCAAACUCUCUCCCGCCGUUGCCGCCCAUCAGCAUCAGAGCUCGUGCCAACAGUUCCACCUCUAUCUGGCUCCGCUGGGAGAAACCGCACUUUAGCAGUGUGCACAUCAUUAACUACACUAUACGCUGCAGCCCCGCAGGAAUACGCAAUGCAUCGCUGGUCUCGUACUAUACCAGCUCUUCUCAGGAGAUAUUGAUGGGAUCACUAAAGCCCUUUACCAGCUAUGAAAUCGCUGUGCAGUCCAAUGGAGUUGAUAUGAGUGGCCCCUUCAGCAGCAUAGUGGAAGAGUCCACAUUACCAGACAAACCCUCCUCUCCUCCCAUGGAUUUGCAGUUGAGUGCACUGAACUCAUUCUCUGUUCUGGUGAGUUGGCGCCCUCCACUGGAGCCAAAUGGUAUCAUUUUGACCUACUGGAUCCUCUACACUGGCAACAUCAGCCAUCCAGACCACCUAUGGAUAAACCUCACACACGAUGGUUCUGUCACCAAAACAGAGGUCCAGGGCCUGAUGAGUGGGACCUGUUACUAUUUUAAGAUGGGGGCCUGCACUAAAGUGGGGGUGGGACCAUUUUCAUCUGUGAAGGAUGUAUAUACACCACCAAAGAAAUACGAGCUGGAUAUUCAUGCUGUGACUGGUAUCAUCGUUGGAGUGUGUCUCGGGCUGCUCUGCAUCCUGCUCUGCAUGUGUGUCAGUUUCCACAAUGGAAAAACUCGGGAUGUAUCUGGUGGACUAGACUCCAGUUCUUUAAGUCCUCAGUACAGGUGGGGUACCCAUCCAAUGCCUGCUGCUGCGCCUGAGUGCAGUGACUGCCAUGAGCUGGAAACCCUCAUGCCCCCUAGUGCACAAGACCCCACCAGACCCAUCACAGAGCCCAGCGAGGAGCAGAGUCUUAUGGGUAAUGUGGAAGUGAAUGAUGAUGCCCCUUCAGAAUCCAAGUCAGCCUGGAAUGGAUCCGUUAGUCGGAACUGGGCCAGUAGGAUCACCAGGUACAGAGAUACUAUAACUGAAGAUUCUUCUGCUCUCAUCAAUGGAGCCCUAGAGGGACCAGCAUCAGAGAACAGUAAGAGCGGGCAUGUGGAGAGGCUGUAUUCCCUCAGCAAGAACCAGGUGGAGGCUGAAGUCAUCGUGCAUUCACAGCUAUCCAAUAAGACAGUUGACCCGGGUCCACAAAGUGACAUGGAGCUCUGUCUCGAGUCUCCAUCUUCCCAGCUCCCUUCUCCUGGAGAGGAGGUGACUCCAUUUUCCCCUUGCAAACAGCACGCCACGCCCCCUCCACCCUGUCCCCUAAGGGAGAACAACCUUGAAACUCAAUCUCCAUCUCCAACCCCCAGCACUCACAUCUCUGAGGUACUGUCCAAUCACAAUGGACCAUUAGAGAGUGGGCUCAGUCAGCCAACAGUGGGCAGUGCCAAAAACCAAGAAGUGGGGCUUACUAAUGGUUUCCACUCACCCAAACCCCUUCGGUUGAAGGCAGAAUCUCUGGAGAAUGGGGCCCACAGACUGUGCCCCGCAGGAAAGGUUCUGUCCACACCAGGUCUCGCCCCUUCCCCCUCAUCCUUUGCCAGCUCUGGCCUUGUCCAUUCUACCUCAGGGGCACAUAGCUACCUGUACCCCUAAGCUGGAAGUAAGAGAAGUGGGAAAAAACAGUGUUUCCCACAUUCUGGGACAGCUAAGGAGAAAAACGAGCCAACUUCAACAGCACCUCCCUGCUGUAGAAGUCUCGUAGCCACGCAUGCCUCCUCUCUUGGCUCGGAUUUAUUGCAACCUCUUUGGUUCCAUUAUUUUAUAUGGAUGUAUAUAUAGAAUAUUUUUUAUAGCACUUAGUAUCCAUGGAUAUACACACUUUUAUCCCUCAUUGUGUGCAUAUACAGUAUGUUUACAUGCACACAUGAAGUCAGAGUGUUUAUACUCUGAUGUGAAGCUAAAGGAUCCUGAGGCCAGCACCAGUGAGAAUGCAACCCUUGAAAAAAACUCAUUCAUGGGUGAAUGUAAUUGAUUGAUCCGAGAUUAGUGCUAUCAGUGCCAGCAGGUGUAGACUCAUGCUGUCAGAGAGAACCCAUAACCCUGCCACAAAGUACCAGCUCCUGCUAUCUCAGGGUCACCACACACACACACACACACACACACACACACACAGAGACAGUCCUGUACUUUAGAAAUGGUUCUUCCUCUUUAACUUGAUCAGAUAGAUAGGUAUAUCUCCACAUACACACACACACCUGAAUAGAAUACAAAUAAAAACACACAUUCCCUGACUGGAGCUUAGUGUCUCAGGAGUCUAAAAUUUAAGGUGCAUUUAUUACGGCCUGUAUAUACAGUAUAUAUGUACUGUAUGAUUACUGUAUUGAAUACAUGUAGAUAAACGUGACAAAAUGAAGAAAAAAAAAUUGUGAAGAAAAAACACAUAAGGAACACUAAGAGUCCAUGAACAUUUUUUAUAAUUUCAACUCUGUGGAAGGAGCCCUGAGUGUACUUGUAAAGACAUAACACUAA